AUGGCCAUAGGGGCACCAGGAUCAGGAAAGUCUACAACAAUUGAAGUAAUUUCCAAAAUGCUUGGUUGUAAGGUGGAAUCUCAAGCAACAGCUGAGGUUAUACAGUCUCUCCUUUGGAAGACUACAGUACCAUUGUGCUGGGAUGAUCCCGCAUAUCCAUCCACAGUGAAGGGUGUAUUAGCUGGUUCAUUCGAUUCAAAGGGCAAGCGCACAAAAAGGCAGGGGAAAAGAGGUUCCAGUGACAAAUGUUGUGUUGGCAGUUAACUUUGAUUUAGAUGAGGACUUAAGGUAUAAUGUAUAUGUAAUGUUUACUUCAUAGUCAUAUAAAUUCAGAUUCUGAUCCUGAAAGAAUAAUGUCUCCUCCCAGUGAUGCCAUUGCAUGCAAGGGCCUGCUAUAGAACUUGUUCCUGAAAUGAAGCAGUGAUUAUAAUUUAAGGAUUCAGUUAACUAAAAUUGUUCUGUGUACAUAUUUCGGCAUCUCUGUCCAUGCUUGUAGUAAUAUUACAUUUAAGUUGAAGUUCUGGUAUAGUUUCCCGUACUUCUGUGAUAUUAAAUUUCACAUCUCACAUCUUUUAAUAUUGUUUUCUAUAGAUCCUUCGAACGGGUUGUUCCUGUAGUUUACCAGAAACCAGAACCGCCGGAAGACCCGGCGAAGUACAGGCAAUCCAAACAAGAUCUGAACGAGCUGUGCACGACUGAAUGCAUCCCAUGGGUGAUCCAGCUAGCCACUAAGCUGUGCAGCAACACUCAUUUGGUUGAUAAACAGAUAAAUUUUUUUCAACAUAAAGAUCCAGAGCUACCACCAAGACUUCAUAAACUUUAUGGUCUGUACAAGGCUAUUGUACACGAGGUGCGUUUUGCUCGUUGAUUCGUACGUACAUCUGUGGGACACGUUAAAUAACUUUAAAACGUCUUUCUAUAUAAACACCAAUUGUCCAUGCCUACAGCCACAAAAAAGGAAUAAGAGAUUGAGAUGAGACGCCAUUUCAUUAUACACUGCCGAAACAAUUCUGUACAAUUGCAGUACUGUUGGCGUAAAUCCUUACAGUGACAGCGACAUUAUCCCCAAUUCUUUAUCUUGAUUAUCCCAUUCGCCCCUGGGAAAUUUGCCGAAGAAGGCCUUUUGAAGAUAGUCGAGCCGUUUUAUGGUCAUCUAGUCAAGAACAACCAAAACUGCCUAAAAUGCUGCUUCAUGUAACAUGUAGCCUUACGCACAUUCUCGUCCCCAGAGCCACUUGGCUUAAUUUGUAAAAGACCACGUGACCAAGAAACGACGGGCUCUGGGGAUGAGAAUGCCCUAGGCAUGUCAGCUACCGAAUCUCGUCAUGCGCAGAAUACGCUGUCUCUCCUCUAUCUUUUUCUUCUGCUUGGCAUUUGAAACGUUAGGAUGGUAGGAUAAGAUAGAAUUGCAGUUGGGUAGUGCAUGAGACAAGAUUUUCAAAGGAAUUUUCGGGUGAAUUUUAGGUGUUUUUCUACCCCACUAACAUGCAAAAAAGCAUAAAAGCAUACCAAAUAUGAACGUUCCCUCAGAAAAAAAGUAACAAACUUAGUCAUUUUUCAUCUUUUGUUUGUUCGUUCUCUGUCUUUCUUUUUCAGUUUUCUUUUCUUUUCUUUUCUUUCUUUCUUUCUUUCUUUCUUUUUUUUUUUUUUUUUUUUUGGGGGGGGGGGGGGGGUCAUCUCAAUUAAUUUGAAAUAGAAGGGGAGCUGCCCAAAGAUUUCUUAUGAAGAGGGGGAAGCAUCACAUUCUACAGGCAGGAGCUACCUGCCGAAUCCCAUCAGCACCCCCCUCCCCCAUAAAAGGUCCCUAAAACAUGCGUUCUCAAAAUGUGGUCGUUCAAAACUGAUGACGUCACAACGGGUAAAAAAGACGUACAUCCGCACGGGUGGUUACGGGUUUGAUGCGACAGAGAAACCCGAAAACUAGACAAGAUGUUAUACUUCAAAAAGUGCGUUGUGAGAUAUGUUAUCAAUAAACUAGACACCAUGAUGGAUUAAAAGUAUACAAUAACUUGGCAGCAAAAUAGAACUAUGGAUCGGUGGGGAUCUGGUUCUGGCGUCAGAAUUUCUGUAGAAGUUGUAUUUUUUACAAGUUUAUGGUUUUCAAAAUCGUUGAUAAUUAGACUUUAAAUCUUGCGCCAAAAACUAGAAAAAUCCAUCCACGUUUGGACAGAAAACCACCUAAUCUGCCUGUCAAAUACCAAAUAGGGCCAAAAAGACGGCAGAAGACCAAUUUUAGCAUUUUUGAUUAACACUUAUAGUAAUCAAUGUGUCUUUUGCUAUUGUUUUAGAUUAUAGAAAGCUAUGGUGCAGGUGAAGAUGAAAGUAAUAACAGUUCGAUUUCAGCGGAGGAGUUUGAAAAUUACCUGGACAACAUGUUUCUACCAUAUGUAAGGAACAUAGUCCAAACGGGUGGUUGUUGUGACGUGGCUGCCCAGGAUUCAAGCUUUCAAGACUUCUGUGAAUGUCUCCACAAAACAUUACAAGUCACGAAGAAUAUUGAGGUAUUCCCAAACGUUAAAGUAAAUACAUAGCCAGAGUACUCUCUUUCAGUGUUUAUUUUGCCAAAAUAAUAUAUAAUUGGACCCAAAUCAUACUGUCUGAAACUACUCAUGUAAAGCAGUAACAUAUAUACCUGUAAUAGUUUGGGAUGUGAAAAUGUAUAUCAAGUUAAAGUCCGAAUACUACAUUAUAACUACAUUAUUUCGGCGUUAAAAUAGUUUUCCACCACAAGCUUAUCUUAAGCUUGAUCAAAGACCGGACCCGGGAGACGGCGGAAAUGCAGGCUAGUUUUGAAUGGCAUUGUAGUUGUUGUUGUUGUUGUUUUUUUUUUUUACAGGAACUGAGGAAAUUCGUAAAACAUGACGUCAAGUCUCGUGACGGACAGUGUCUACACAUCAUAUUACCAGAGGUGUUAACGUUUAUCAAACAGCGUUUGGGGCCAAAAGGAACAUUUAACCUCACAAAGUUGAGACGACAAAUCAGUGAAAUGCCUGGCACUUCGGUGGAUCAUUCUGGUAGUUUUGGUGGCACGCAAAGACGGUGUGUAAAGAUCCCAAGGGUUCUGGUGCCAAACAACACCCUCGAGCUUGUUGAUGAAGGUAUAUAGCAAUGCUGCAAUAAGAAAAAUUUAUCAAAACCAAUUUUUUAUUUACAAAAUUGUUGUUAAAAGGAUAAGUUAAGAUAGGCCUGAUUUUCUUUCUUCAUCUUUUAUAAAGCAUUUCUUGCCGAUAAAGAAGAAAAGCCUGAGGACAGCGCUGCAAGGGAAGAACAUGACGGACAGGAAUUAGAACGUCUUGGAAAGAAAUUAGAUGCUGUUCAGCAACAUAGUACAAAGCUAAUGGAAGAAAAGAAAGUGUUAGAAGAAACCCUUCAUAGAGAAAAGCUAAAAUGCGCCGCUACUGAACAAGCGAUGAAGGAUUUGGAGCAAAAAUUCGCUGACAAAGAAAGAAAUUGGAAGGUUGUAGAAGAAGAGCUACGAGGGACCAUCUUUGAGCUGCAGCAGCAGCUAAGGAAGCAAACAUGUGAAGAGAAAGCUGUUAAAACUCCCGCAGCCGAAGCAUUUUCGCGGAUGUUGUCUACCUCAGAAGGUAAAUCGGAAUUAUUAUGUAUUACCCGGUUGAAACUUGCAUUGACAAGCGCCCUCUAUUUCAGCCAGAAAGAUGGAACAUGUCAAUUCACAUUUUCGUUCAUAACAGCACGAUGCAUAAUGACAGGAGGACAUUCCUCUCCGCCGUAUGUUAAUAGGAAAAAUAAGUUUACUGUGGUACUGCAAGCUACGAAAAUAUGUACAUUUAUUUUACUUCUUUUCACAAAGCUGAUGAUCUUAUUCGUAUGAGCCGCCAUCAAGUGACACAAUACCAUAUACAACAUCCCUUUUGAAAUUGUGAUCGGCUAACACUUAUCUAUUCAAAAUUACAGAAAGAAAAAGAAAGAACGAAGUCGACCACCUGUUGGACAAGCUACAUGGUGGCAUUAUCAAAGGUAUGACGAAGCCUCUGUAUAACCCAAAGGCAUAGCGUGAACCCUCCCCACUUUAAGGUUGCUGUAUCAGACCGCAUUGUAAUUUCAUCUCCUUUUUGCGCAUUGUUUAUCACUUUUUCAUAAUUUUAAGCUUAAGUCAUUAGCUUGACAUCUUGACAUGUACUUUACAUUAACACAGGGACAGAAACCACAAUGAUAUAAUUUAUUUAUCCAUUUUCAGGCAAACGAUCGCGCAAGUAGAUCCAAGUACAUCGGUUGCGUUAGCGACGUUGGGUGGUUUUGGGUAGUGGGUCUAAGGCCUCAGGAUAUCCUGGUUUCCGGUACGGGUAAGAUCACCAGUGGCGGUACCCGCUACUCUGAGGAACGGUACACCGGUUACACUGUGACUGAAAAGGCUGAAACAAUUAAACCUUGUAAGGCUAAGCUUUCCUUACUAUGUAAUAACUGA